AUGGUCAUUUGGAAAACCCCCGUCGCGGCGUUGGCCGGCAUCGCGAGCCUCGUCUCGGCUUCGACUUACAAGAGAGAUGAUGCCGCACCGGCUAUUGAGCAGACAACGGUCCCGGGUGCUUACAUCGUCGAGCUCGCCGACGAUCAGGACGCCGCCGGCCUGGUCGCGAGCCUCCAGACGGAAGCAGGCCUCGCAAAGGUCUCUCAGCGCUUAGACUUCAAAUCCAAAGUCUUCAAGGGUGUCUCCAUCAGUGUUGAGAACUCCAAUGACGAGACGGCAAGAAAGAUCGCGGCCCUGCCGCAUGUCAAGCAACUCUGGCCGGUCCCGCUCAUCUCCGUCCCCAAGCUCAACUUCACUGUGCUCGGCAAUGACGGGUCCGCUUCAAAGCACAGGCGCCAGACGAAUUCAACUGAUAGCUGGCCACCUCAUGUAAUGACGCAGGUCGACAAACUCCGUGCCAAGGGGUUUACCGGUAAGGGCCUUAGAAUCGGCAUUGUCGACACGGGGAUCGAUUACAAGCACCCGGCGCUUGGAGGCUGCUUUGGUCCUGGAUGCCUAGUGGAAUAUGGCUACGACCUUGUCGGAGACGCAUACGACGGUACAUCUGCCCCUGUUCCGGAUGAUGAUCCGUUCGAAGAGUGCGAAGGGCACGGAACGCACGUGGCCGGCAUCAUUGCGGCUCAGGAGAACCCCAGGGGAUUCACCGGUGCGAGCCCCGGAGUCAAGUUGGGCAUGUACCGAACUUUUGGCUGCACUGGCCAGACGACGGGUGACAUUCUCCUGGCUGGUGUGAUUAAGGCCUUUGAGGACGGCUCCGACAUUAUUACCGGCUCCAUCGGCGGGCCUAGCGGAUGGGCCGGCGAUGCCUUUGCACUAGCGGUUGCGAGGAUCGUCGAUGCCGGCGUGCCCUGCACCUUUGCUGCCGGUAAUGAAGUUGGUGGCACCGAGGGAUUGUUCGGAAUAAGCUCGCCAAGCACUGGCGAUGGAGUGAUUUCCGUCUCUUCGUACCAGAACCAAGAUGCUGAUGGUGCUGGACAAGUGUCUGCCUUCACGAGCUGGGGUCCGACGUUCGAGCUUAACCUGGCCCCGAGCUUUGGUGCACCGGGAGGCGGCAUACCCUCGACCUUUCCUGUGGCUCUUGGUUCGUACGCUCUGGCUUCCGGCACCUCGAUGGCGACGCCUCUUGUAGCUAGCAUCGUUGCCCUUAUCAUUCAGGCACGCGACACAAGAGACCCGGACUUGAUCAAGAGACUCCUUGCAUCAACAGCAAAGCCAAACUUCUCUCAAAACUACGGCGACCCCAAUAUCGGUGCGGGACUCGGCCCCGUCCCGCAACAAGGUGCCGGCAUCGUGCAGGCCUAUGACGCAGCCUACGCAACAACCGUUCUCAGCGUUGCCGGUAUCUCAUUCAACGACACUGACAACCUAGCCUCCGAAGUCUCCUUCACUGUCACCAACGUCGGAGAUACCCCGGCCACGUACAACGUCUCUCACGUCCCGGCUUUGACAGCGCUCACGCUAUACCAAAUCUACCGCGAUAGCUCGCCUAUAUUAGAGACGGUGUACGCCAGCCUUACAUUUGAGCCGUCUUCGUUCACCGUCGAGCCGAACGCUACGGCCGAGGUCCGCGUGAGCGUCAUCCCGCCAAAGGGCCUCGAUACCCCGUCUCUGCCUGUGUACUCUGGAUGGGUCGCUCUAAACGGCACCAAUGGCGACGGUGGAAUCGCCCUGUCAGUCCCUUAUAUUGGCGUCGCAGGGUCAAUGAAGAACGUCACCGUCCUCGCUUCCCAGCGCAUAUUCCUGACCCGUAGUGACGACCCGCGCAACCCGACGGUGGCCGCCAACACGACCUUCCAGCUCCCUACUCCGGCCGACCACGCCGACUGGGCCCAGCCUCUGCUCAAUACAACAGACCUCAUUCUGCCAGUUGGCGCUCUGCCAGACCAGUAUGUGUGGCUGGUUAUGGGAAGCGCCGAGGUGCGCAUUGAGGUUGUCCCGCUCGAUGCGAAUCCCGAUGCCAAGGACAACGGUCUCGGGGUUAGCACGCUGGGGAACAUUGCGGGUUAUCCUGUCAUUUAUCGCAGACCGAUUGGCUGGAUGAAUCCUUGGGAUGGAACGUUGGCGAAUGGCUCGCGCGUCCCGCCUGGAAGGUAUAGUUUGGCCAUUUUUGCAUUGAAGAUUGCUGCGGACAGGAGUCUGGUGGAAAGCUGGGAUCGAUAUAACUCUCCGGAGAUCAUCAUUCGAUAUGUGUAG